AAAGUGUAGGACUAAAACGUAAAAAUCAAAGUUUAUUAUUUACUACAGACUAUGAAAAAAUCAUUUUCAGUAUCAACUUUAUAUUAUUUAACAACACUCUAUUUAUAGGUCAGGAAGAGAAUUUAACAAAAGUUCGUAGAAUGGGUCCUCCAUCAUCAGUUUUUUCAAAAUUUUCUUCUGAUUUCAAUAAUCAAAAUCUUGAUUUAUCAGAUGGACUUUGUACAUGGACAAGUAAAUUAAUUAAUAUUAUGGCUAAUGAACACAUCAAUGAAGAUUCACAUAAGAAUGCAUUUAUUGAUCAUAUUACUGAAUUUAUUGGUAAGCUUCUUGGGAUAAAAAUUGAGGAUGGAAGUAGCAAUGAUGGAAUGUUAAUGGUAGAAACUGCUUGUGGAGGAAGUGAUCCAACAAUUCAAGUAGCUCUUUCAUAUUCAAAGUAUUGGGCACAAGAACAG